AUGUGUCUGACAUGGGGAAUUCAUAUUCAUAGUUUGAAAGUAGGACAAAAUGUCUUUGGCCAGGUGAUUCCACCACUGAGGCAAAAUUACAUCAACUUUCUAAUGGAAAAUUUUACUUCAGAUGAAGUUAAAAAACCAGUUUUUGACCUGCCUGAUGAUAGUGCUCCAAGGUUUGAUGGUUUUCAUGUAAAGUUUUUUAAACACUACUGGGAGUGGAUUGGGGAGGAUGUUUACAACAUGAUCUUUACCUUCCGUGACAGAGGCUUUCUUCUGAAGAGUUUGAAUAAAACUCUAAUUCAUCUUAUUCCUAAAUGUGAAGCCCCUCAAACUUUCAAAGAUUUCAGUUAUGCUGAUGAUACUAUUCUGUUUUUCAAGCAAACAGCCAAUUUUGUGGAACAGUUAAAACAAUUGAUGAAUUCUGCUUCCAUGCUGGCAUGGAGAAUCAUCAUGUAUGAUGAUAGUUCUCUUUUGGCAAGAACUCUUAAAAUCAAGUAUCAAAAACGGAUUCUCGAAGGAAAUUGCAAGGCCAAAGCUAGCUAUUCUUGGAUCAUGAAAGAUUGCUCAAGGUAUCAUUCCUCAUUGCGGACAACCUGA